GAUACUCCUUCAGGUUGCGAUCUUUAUCGUGAGUACACAUAUCUUCAAGGGCUCAAAAACAAUCCCGAUCAGGAUAAUGGCAUGGAAACCCCCACGUCCCUUGCGUCGGAAUGAAACCGUCGAUUCUGGAAUGUAACGAUCUGCAAGAGGAGGUGCCGAGGCCAAUACGUAAGAAGGUAAACAAAAGGGGACCGAAUUUCCACUGAUCCAGAGAUCUGUUCCAUCUGAAGUUGCAAACCCCCCCCCCCCUCCAGAGUGGCAACAAUACCAACUACACAAUAUGUCAAUCUCGACACUUCAGCCUCCUUACCCUCUCCACCCUUCCGUUAAGGACCUCUUGGAUCCCGAAUAUAUUUCCUUCUAUAACGAGUAUGUCAUCAACCAGCAGCAAGUCCAUCUGCAACCCGUCGAAGCCUCCCGAACAAGCGGGGUUCUGAUCCCUGGCGGGGGUCCGCUCCUCAAGGUCGGAAAGACAGAGGAUAUCACGAUCAAGCGACGCGCGACAGAAGGUUCAGAAAUUUUGUUGCGCGCAUUCACCCCAGCUGGGGAGACACCAAGCGGAGGGUGGCCAGUGAUGCUGUAUUUCCACGGGGGUGGAUGGGUCCUGGGGAAUAUCAACACGGAGAAUCCGGUUUGCACAAAUCUGUGCGUGAGAGGAAACUGCGUCGUAGUUACAGUUGAUUACAGGCUCGCCCCAGAAAAUCCUUUUCCCGCAGCCGUCCAUGACUGUUGGGAAUCUCUUCUCUGGCUGAUUUCUGACGGACCCUCACGACUCUCUAUUAACACAUCUAAGAUGGCGACCGGUGGCUCCUCAGCGGGCGGAAAUCUAGCCUCAAUCAUCACCCACAAAGCCCUAACGCUUUCACCACCCGUCUACUUCCUUGCCCAGCUCCUCUCUGUUCCAGUAACAGAUAAUACAGCAACAGUCCAGAACAACGAAUCCUACAGGCUUUACGAGCACACACCGGCCCUUCCAGCUGCCAAGAUGGUGUGGUACCGCGAUCACUAUCUGCCCAAUCAUGAGGAUCGCACCAAUCCCGAAGCAAGCCCCUUGUUCUACGAGGGCGACUGGUCGAAGCUGCCGAGGGCAUUGGUCAUGGUCGGCGAGUUGGAUGUGCUUCGAGUGGAGGGAGAGCAGUAUGCGGAGAAACUGAGCAAAGCUGGGGUCGAGGUGGAUUUGCAGGUGAUGAAGGGCAUGCCACAUCCAUUCUUGGCGAUGGAUAAGGUGUUGAAAGAAGGGAAGAGGUCGAUUACUUUGAUGUGUGACCUCUUGAAAGAGGUGUUCUGGUCUUAGUUACAUAUCUUAGAGUAGCUGUACACGAUGGUCACUGUAUCUGCAAUCUAUGGA